AAUAAAAAUAAGUAUUCCAGUCGUAGUUUAAAAAUUAACUUGAAUAGCUAUUUGGUAUUUCUAAAUAAUUUGGUUUUAAUAUUGUAUUAAAUGAAUAAAUUGCAUGAUUUAGGUUAACCUGUAACUGUAACCCAUUUAAACAUUAAAAUAAACAAAAUAUGUGUACCUAGAACCACAGUUUUUUUAGACCUACGUAAUGUUCUUGUGAGUGUAAUGAUAGUGUUCUCAUCUGAAGCAAAACAUGAAAAUAACUAAAAACACCAAUGUUACUUGUUAUGUGUUGGUCUUUUUUGAAGUGUUUUUAUUCAAAACAACCUUAGUUAAACAUGUGUGUAGAAAACUAAAACGAUAAACUAUACAAAGAAAUAAUGUGAUUGAAAGAGUAGAUAGGUACCUUACCUACCUACUGACCCAGGAUUUUAGGUACUUUUGAAAUAAAAUAGGAUUAAAACGAUGCAUCCUAGAAGCCAAAAUGUUGCCGAACUAUUCACACCAGUCCCUGGAUUUUAUGGUGUCAGUGCAGAAACGCCACCAUAUACAUAUUACUAUCCCAACCAUUCGCAAAAGAACCAUUCAAGUAACCUAUGUUGUGGUGCAAAAUUAAACCAACAACAAAAUUACAUUCAUAGAGGUGAUAGUAAUUUUCCAGCUAGUUUAACAACCAGUGUGGAGUCAACGCCACCCUUAGGCUUGAGUUCCCUCUAUGCACAUGCUGGAUCACAUUGUGUACCAAAUGUCACAAAUGCCUCCACUGAAUUAGUCCAAAAUGAAGUUUACUUAAAUGCUUUUUUCAACGAGGAAUGUAUCGGUAUGAUAGAUAUAAAUGGAAUCGAAAGAUCUGCAAUAUAUCAUCAGGAUGGAAUAACAACCAUAGAUAGUUCCAAUUCGGGCACUCUUCAAGUCCAUGAUAAACCUGAAUAUACUUCCAGCGCUGUUUACAUCAAUAGUGAAACAGAUCGCUUAGACGCUUCCUGUGAUAGUGCAGUCAGUUCAUUAAGCUCUGAAAAGGUUCCAUCAACGUCAGAUGGAGAUUGGGGUGAUGAAAGCGACUCGGGUCAUGAUACCAGUCGAAGAAAUUUCAAUGGUCCCUAUGAUUAUAGUUCUAAUACUCGUAGUUUUAUUUCACGACAAACUUCCUUUCAAAAAAAAUAUCACAUGUUUGGAAAACGAUGUUUGCAAGAAGAAGCAACAAAAAAUACUAUAGUUUAUUCCAAACUGCAAAUCUCAAACUCGCAACGAACAAUCCGUGAUUGUAGUGGAAUAGAAAAUUCCGCUUUUCUUGAUUUCGAGGAAGAUAUAUUACCUAAUCCGAAUUCAGGAAACCCAGGUUUUGUUCGAGAAUGUAAUAAAUUUCAGUCUGAUGGGCAUUUAACUCGUGAUGAAAAAAGAGCACGGAACUUGCAUGUUCCCAUUCCCGUUCCUGAUAUAAUCAACUUGCCAAUGGAUGAAUUCAAUGAACGUAUAUCAAAGUAUGAUCUAAAUGAAAAUCAACUUUCACUUAUACGUGAUAUAAGACGUCGUGGAAAGAACAAAGUUGCAGCACAAAAUUGUCGCAAAAGAAAACUAGAUACUAUACUUUUUCUGGAAGGUGAAGUUCAAGAAGUUCGUCGAAGAAAAGAUAAGUUGCUGAACGAGCGAUCUUUAAUUGUUACGGAAAAGAAAAGGAUAGCAAACAAAUUUGCUGCCUUACACAACUUCAUAUUUCAAUUUCUGCGAGAUGCUGAAGGAAACCCGUGCUCGCCAUCAAAUUUCAGCUUACAGCAGCAGUCAGAUGGUUCUAUGUAUCUUUUACCAAGAGAAAGCUCAAAGCAAUAAUAUCUGAAUAUGCAAUCAUGUUUUAGAUAUGCAACUUAAUUAAAAAAAAAAAAAAUUAAUAAUGGAAGUUAUUUAUAACACCUUAAAUUAUAAUAAGUAUAUAAUAAAUAAAAAAAUAGAUGUACAUAUGUAUAAGAAAUUUAUGUUUAAAUAAAACAACAACACUUUAAGACUA